AUACUAGUUCUUGGCACUUGGUUGACUUAUUAAAUCGUUGGGAGUUCUGAGAAAGGUGAAUUGUUUCUUUACUUGUAACUUUUUGGAUGGUAUCAAAUAGGCGAUAUCCUCAGAAGCACAAAGGCAGUGGCAAAAUUCCAAUUAGGGAGCCAAAUUUUAGCCAUGGUGAUACAAAACAAGCAUCAAUAAGUGGCCUUAGAAAUGUGAUAAAUGCACCAUGGAUGAAUGAUCAUGCUUCCUACUUUGAAAAUUUUUUGCGAAGAGUGGUGAGAGAGGAGGUGGAACAUAAAAUCCAGGGUCAUGUAUUUUCAAGAAAAAGGGUUAAUCAGACAGGCAUAUCUGGAGCCAAACCCUUACAAUUGCGUUUUCUUAAUAAGUUGCCUGAUGCAAUUUUUACUCGGUCUAAUAUACUAGCAGAGGACAAAUCGCCCCUUCAAAUUGUUCUUUUUGAUGUUAGAUCUGGGCAUGUAGUGAAUGAUGGUCCCCUUUCCUCACUGAAGAUUGAGAUCUGUGUCCUGAAUGGUGAGUUUGGAUCUUAUGGAAGUGAGGAUUGGACAAAAGAUGAGUUCAAUGCCAAUAUCUUGCGGGAAAGAAAUGGUAAGGAGCCACUGUUGAUUGGAGAGAGGUUUAUUACUCUAAAAAAUGGAGUUGGUUGCAUAAAUAAAAUUGCCUUCACUGAUAACUCCAAGUGGCAAAGGAGCAGAAGGUUCAGGUUAGGAGCCAAAGUUGUGCAACCAACUUCUGAAGGAGAAAACAUUCAGGAAGGUAGAAGUGAACCUUUUGUGGUCAAAGAUAACAGAGGAGAGCUGUACAAGAAACACUACCCUCCAUCCUUGAAAGAUGAAAUAUGGCGUUUGAAGAAAAUUGCUAAAGGGGGGAGAAUCCACAAGCGGCUCUCUGAACAUGGAAUUCGCACUGUUAAGGAUUUCUUGCGGUUGUUCAUAUCCAACGAAACUUCAUUAUAUGAAAAGUUUGGCAGCAUUCCAAAUAAGUCAUGGUUAGCAAUUAUUGAACAUGCCAAGGCCUGUGUGAUAGAUGAUUACAAGCUUUACGGGUAUCACUCAGCAGAACCACCAAUUGGCCUGCUAUUCAAUUCCAUCUUCAUCCUUGUGGGAGUGACAUUCGAUUGGCAAAAUUAUUAUUCACCGGAUACUCUCACCCCCAUUGAAAAGCAUUUGGUGGAAAUAGUGAAACAAGAAGCUUACAAAAAUGUUAACUAUUUGAAAUUGAUUGAUGAAACUAAGUUGAACUGCUUAAACCUAGAGGCACGACUAAAAGCAAGACAGUCUGACACACUAGAUCAAGGUCUCCUACAUACUAAUAUCUCAACUACACAAGGUCAACCGGUAAGAUCGCCAGGAGGCAGUCCACCAUUUAACUCUACUUCACAUUGUGAUAAAGGAACUCUUGAUUACCAAAUCUAUGCUGAUCAACGGCUAGACAUAAGAGAAAUGCCACAAAAUAGUCACGUGGAAUAUGAAUUUCCCUCUGAAAUGUACAUUGAAGGGGAUAGUUGUUACCUUAAUGGAUCACAUUUUCCAUUUGUGGAAGGUGGUGAUGAAAUAGAUAAUGUAAGUUCAGGUAUUCAAUUCAUAAAUGAUUGUCCUCCUUACACAACAUGUGAACCAGAAACUGGCUUUUUCUUUGGUUCUUCUGUCGGAGCAGAAUUUAGUAGCUAUUCUACUUUCCUCAAUUCUGCUGUGGAUAUAUCAAGCAAUGGCAAACCUAAAGCAGUGUGGUACAAGUUUCGUGUUGCUCUCAAAUGGGUCAUGUCAGUGAAAAGAGAUGCAGCUGCCAGAAAGAAUGCCAAGCUAUUUUACUAUAACUGUUAGACUCUCGUUUUAUGGCCUUCGUUGGUUAUUAGGUAGAAUAAGCCUACUAAGUCUAGUAUAUUAAUUCCCCUAAAUGUCUUAUAGCUAGUGGUGAGUUUGUUUUUCCUGAAGUCUACCUCCUUCAAUUUCAACUACAGUGAGAGACGUGUAAGAUGGGGUCCUACUGUAUAUCCUAGUGUUAGGUUAUUUAUGCACAAUUUAUGGUUGUUGUCUGUAUAAAUCAUGUUUAUACAUUCUGGUUCACCAUCAAUUCAAAAUUUAUUCUG